AUACCGACAUUCCGAGUCCAUCCCCCUCUGAAAGGCAGAGCCCAUGGCCUGCUGUGUUUCCAAUUCCAACCUUCUCACACAACACUGAACUGGCCUUAAGACAAGGAAAUGAGAUUUAUUUAAGAGAUGGCACCCCUAUGACAUCACCAAGCAUCAAAUCAGACAUCCUGGAGCGCCUGGCAGAGGCCAUGUUUUUCUACACCGCCUACCCCAAUGAUGCCCAGAGAUGUGCAGUGGCAGAGGCACUAGUUGCAAAGCAUCCCUGCUUAAAGGAGCCCGGAUCUUUUAAUGGAAUUUAUGGGUGGCAGGUAAGCCUAAAGUAUAAGUGUGGAAAUUACCGGACAAAACGGAAAGCUCUUGGAAGCACUGAACUCCUGAUAAACUCACUGAGAAACAAGUCAAGUGAUGAGCAAAAAGCUGCUAAAAAUGUCAAGAAACCAAAGAGGGCAGAGGUGAAUUACUUGCCCUCACACCCACAUGGUGAAACAGAUGACACCCUUGAGAAUCUGAGACUUGAGAUAAUUGCUGCCCAUCAAAAAAAGGACUCUGUCAGGAGCACAAAUGAUAUGAUGGCCAGAACAUACAGCUGGAGAAGACAGGAAGUUAUUACCAAGUCUCCUGGUGUGGCAGAAUUCAAGGAAAGAUGGCCUGCCCUCUUCGAACCAUUCCAGGUAAACGAGGAGUUCCGAAGAUGUACUGCGGUUUCCCUGGAAGCAACGUUUAUGUCACAACUGGACAAAUACACCCCAAAGCUCCUAGAACUCUUUAGUGCAAAGGGAGGAGCAACUGGUCAACGCAUCAAAAACUUGUUGAUGGAUCUGAUACAGGACCCAAGUGCCACUGCAGUGAAGAAGAGAGAUGUCACUCUGAGAUGCCUCUUUGAGUAUAUGGGAGAGAGUGGACAGGAGCUUAUCUCGGAUUACUGUGGGGCUGCAGAGACCACUGUUCAUGAGGAGCUGAAAAUUAAGAACAUGAGCGUCUAUGUCUGCCGUGAGCCAGAUGCAGUAGGAAUCAUCAUUGAGGGGAUACCAGUCCUUACCAAUCUUGGAAACCUGGCCAAAGCAUGCUGCUUCCUGCUUGGGUUGACGUAUGCACUUAAUCUUGAGUAUCCAUCCAAGCUUUCCAAAACAUUUGAGGUGUUUCAAAGGCUUUUUGUGGGACUUGACACACUGCGCCCAAAACCAAGCCCCAAGUUCAUGACCCUGAAAAACAAACUACUUGCCUAGGCACUCAGACAUGACUGUCACUGCACUUGUGAACAGCUGUUUUCUUUGUCUGUUCAACAUCUUUGUACAUUGGACAUAAUGAGUGUUAUGUCCAAUGUUAUAUUGGACAUAAUGGGACAUUCAGGGUGUUGUAAUGCAUGGUUUAUCCUUUUCAUGUUUUAUCUGCACAGGUCAUACUUCCUGGUGUAAAAAAAUAAUUAUAUUUUAUACACGCAAAAUAGACCUGCUGUUAAGCUGCACUUUAAAAACUGGUCAGUAGUUGAGAUCAGUGAGAUGUUUGACUAAAGAGGUUUCAAAAUAUUCACACAUACUGUGAAGGUAUUAUGCCAAGUUGAGGUCAGAUGGUCAUGCUUGUGACCUGUAAUGUUAGUGUUAAAAUGUUUCAAUGUUGUGUUCACACAGUUUACUUCAAAAUUAAAAUUCUGUCAUUUACUCACCCUCAAGUUGUUUUA